AUGGCUUCUCCACCAAUUUCAGAUACAGGACAAAUCCAAAUCCCACUCGCUGCCAUUGAUUCCUUAAUGCCAUCUCCGAGCAGGAGAAUGGAGGUGAUCUUUGAACAUCCGACUUCCUCUCCCUCCUCUGUGCAACAAAAUUUAGAUACACACCAGACUACCUUUCUACCUGUUGUGUUGCAAUUGGCCGAUGUAAUCGAAGAAUCAGUGACACAACAAGUGAAGGAUUCUUCUUUGCACCUUGAUGGAGAACCUUCUCGUCUCUCACCUCCACAAGGAGCUUGGGCAAAACCCCUACCAGACACAGUUGCUCAUCGGAGUACUGCCGUCUCAACCUCAAACUGGCCGGAGCUAUCUACUGGGAGAAUUCAACAACGUCGUUCUCCAGGUUUGCAUUCGAAAGUUUCAAACAUAAAGACCCGGCCUUGGUAG